UCCUACCUCCAAAUGUCUCCGGUUAGUGCGGCGGUCACAUGGCCACUUCCGUCCCGGGCCGGCACUGCGGCCGCCAUCAGUUUGCGCAGCCAUGGUACUACCUGCAGCAGAACCGCGAGAGCUUACUGCUCGGCAGCCGCGUCAAGGCUGCCAGCUGACGCCCGUGAAAUCAGGCAGGCGCAGCGCUCGGACGGCCCGGCGACGGUCCUCGCCAUCGGCAAAGAAAACCCAGUGAACUGCAUACCGCAGGACGAGUACGUGGACUGGUACUUCCGGGUCACCAACUGCGAGCACCUCACCAAGCUCAAAGCCAAGAUGAAGAGAAUCAGUCGCAACACGGGGAUCCAGAACCGCUACUUUCACCACGACGAGCAGAUGCUACGGGAUCACCCCGAGUUCCUCGACGACAGGCUACCCUCCAUCGACGUCCGUCAGGAGAUCCUAGCAGCCGCUGUCCCGGAGCUCGCUGCUGCCGCGGCUGCCAAGGCUAUCGCCGAGUGGGGCCGCCCGGCCGCCGAUAUCACCCACCUGGUCGUCAGCACCUACUCCGGCGCCCACGUGCCUGGGGUCGACCUUCGCGUGGCCUCGCUGCUCGGUCUCCGCCCCAACGUCCAGCGCACCAUGCUCUACCUCAAAGCCUGCUCCGCCGGCUCCGCAGCGCUCCGCCUGACCAAGGACAUGGCCGAGAACAACCGCGGCGCGCGCGUCCUCGUGGUCUGCGCCGACCUGUCUCUCAUCUUCUUCCGCGGGCCUGACGAGGCCCGCCUCGAUACGGUCGUCGCCCAUACCCUCUUCGGUGACGGUGCAGGCGCCAUUAUCGUCGGCGCCGACCCCGAUACCACUACGGAGAGCCCUAUCUUCGAGAUGGUGUCCUCCUCGCAGGCCACGGUGCCGGGGACUCAACACGUCGUCAGUGGGCACAUCGGCAAAGCUGGCCUACAUUAUAGCCUCUCAAGCGAGCUGCCAUUUUUGGUGGCCAGUAAUAUUGAGCAGUGCCUCCUCGACAUCUUCCAGCCUCUCGGUCAUGUAAUAAGCGGUGGGUGGAACAGCCUGUUCAUGGCGGUGCACCCCGGUGGCCGCGCGAUCUUGGACAGCGUCGAGGCGGCACUCGAGCUAGAGCCUGAGAAGCUGGCAGCUAGUCGCCGGGUGCUUAGGGACUACGGGAAUAUGGCUGGAGUCUCGGUUAUCUUUGUUCUUGAUGAGAUUCGGCGGCGCAGUCAUGGUGAAGAAUGGGGGGUAUUAGUUGGGUUUGGACCGGGGAUCACCGUCGAGACGAUGGUGCUGCGUGCAUGCAACCGGAAACACUGAACCCAAGGUUAGCACGCCAGCUUCAAACCCCGUGUGCCUUGCAAGAGCUUUUGGUACUAGCAAGCUUCAAGCACUAGCUGUAGUCAAUGUACCAUGAAUUGAUAUACUAUGCGACUGAUUUUCAAAUGACUGUCGUCGUGACAA